CUUCCUCACAACUUCAAACAACAUGGCUAAUUUUUCACUACAUUCUCCAUGAUCUCUGCUUUGCUAUGUGCGUCAGCCUGAAAAUGGUGAGGUAAGAAUCUGUCGCCCAGUUCUGAAUUCAACUGGUCUUUGGAAAACUACAAAUUGUGAUAUGCUUAGAAGGCAAUCCUCACUAUUCGAUAGCCAGGUAUGAACUUAUCGCUUUAGGCACAGAGGAAACUGAUCCUAUCGCCAGGGAACGCCCAGAAACGGAUGUCUACCUGUCCUUGCACGAUACGAUUAAACAAUUAUGGCUAUUCCAUUUACCUGGGACCCUGAUCAUGUCCUCCAAAUCACUGAUAUUUGUCGCAAUGAAAUAAUCUGUAUUGGCCGUGCGGCCAGAAGAUUUAACUCUCGCUGCACUUGGACUAUCGACGAGCCAGAACGAUUUCAAGCGUCUUCCCUCCUCAAAUCCAUGGCUCAAAAGCCACCGACGGAAGUGCUAGAAUGGGAGUUGAGAGAGCUAGCUGGACUGUGCCUAUGCCACCAAGCGCAUCAACACCAGCAGGAGGAAGCCUUCAUGGAACUUCAAAGCCGACUCUCAUAUUCUUGUGAUGAUUACAAACGAUUUAGAACAUUAUGGGACCAGAAUAGAGAACUACAGACUGAAGUUCACAAUGGGAUAUCCAAAACUCUGCUCGCAGAAAUCAGCGCGACCACGGUCAAGAUGGAAAACUCAAACUUGCGGGCUCGAGAGACCAGUCUUUGUCGAAAAGUGGAUGAGCAAACAAUUACUAUGAGCAAACUUCAAGAGACGGAGCAAACCCUGAAGACUCAGCUGGCGAAUACUAGCGAGCGGUUGGAUCGGCAAACCACAGCUCUAGCAGAGCUACAAGAAUAUAAGUCUGGUUUGCUAAAGACAGCGCUCCAUCUCGAGCAGCUGUUAGAAAAAGAAAAAUUGACAGUGGCCAGUCUUGAAAAGUCGUGUAAAGGUCUUGAAGAGCAGCUGGCCGAACUUCGACGAAAAUUGUAUGACCAAGAAAUGGAAGUGAAUGAGCUGGAGGCGUCGAACUCAGUCUUGGACGGACAGCUCCACGAACUCCGCCAACAAUUGAGCAAGCAAGACUCUGCUGUCCUGAGCCUGGAAAACGAAAACCAAACUUUAAAAGAUCAGCACACAACCGCCGUAGCCGAGCUUGGAACCUCACAGCUUGGACUUGAGCAAACGAAGUCUGAGCUCCAGUUAAUCCAGAUCAGGAACUUUGAUCUUCAGCGGCAACUUAACGAAGUAUUCAUUCUAGGACGCCUGGGAAUCAGCAAUGCGUGGCUUACACGACUUCGAAAUUGGCUCCCGGCUUGCCAGUGGUUGUUCAUUGAGGCAUGGAAACGUGUUCGCCACGCUUUAGGUAAUACUAUCAGUCAAGUUGGAAAGAUUUUUGGCCAUUGGAGGGCCCUCCGGGGGGCAUAAAACGUGUUGCUGGAAUAUUUGGUGGAGGAAGAGAUGCUUCUCCGCCACCACGGCCCAUCGGAGGCAACAGUGUAACUACGGUAUCAAGUGGCCUACCAGGUCAUAGCCACGGGAUGCAAAACUAAAGGAAUUAUGGACUCUUUGUGAGAGCACAUAUAGAAACCGGCUUGGAGGGCUGGAGUUUGUGUCCGUUCAUCCGUUGAGGCUGGACGGUUGAAGAAGUUCAGUUUCUGUUGGCGACGACGAGAAGGGAGCUGAGGGAUCCUAG